UAUUUUAAAUUAAUAAUAAAUCACCUCUCAACAGCUUUACACACCAACACCACCUCCUUCAAGAUCCAUCUCAGAACAACAACAACAGGAUCAAUCAAAUCAAACCCUAGAUUUUCUUCAUCUUUCAUUUCUCAAAUUGCUCAAUCCUAACCGUCGAUUACAGGGCCGUAGUUGGUUAAUUUCUUCGGAUCUGUGUGUGUUUUUGGUGUGUAUUUGAUGUGAAUUUGGUGAUGAUUGUGGGUAUUAUUGGUUGAUUACAGAUCAUUGGUUAGUGAGGCACGGUUCGGACCAGAAUUUGGAUUAGAAUUUGGAUUAGAAUUUGGGGUUUGGUGUUAAAAUGAUUUCGAAAUCGUAUGCGAACUUGUUAGAUCUAGCGAAUGGGAAUUUUCCAGCAAUGGAAGAGCCUAGAAGGAAGAUGUUCUCAAGGACAAUGACUGUGCCUGGAGUUUUGACAGAGCUUGAUGAUGAUCAAGCGCGAAGCGUUAGUUCGGACGCGCCUUCGACGGUUCUGGCGGACCGGUUGAUUGUUGUCGCGAAUCAGUUGCCGAUAAAAGCGGUACGCAGGGUGGAUGACAAGACCGGAGAGGCAUCGUGGAGUUUUAGUUGGGAUGAGAAUUCGUUGUAUAAGCAUAUUAAGGAUGGUUUACCGGAGGAAAUGGAGGUUAUAUACGUAGGUUCGCUUCGGGCUGAGAUUGACCCGAGUGAACAAGAUGAUGUUUCUCAGGUGUUGUUAGAGAGGUUUAAAUGUGUACCGGCUUUUCUUCCUCCGUCGGUUUUGGAUAAGUAUUAUCAUGGAUUCUGUAAGCAGCAUUUAUGGCCUUUGUUUCAUUACCGGCUGCCGUUUUCCGCUAGUCUUGGCGGUCGGUUUGACCGGUCGCUAUGGGAAGCCUACGUGUCGGCUAACAAGAUUUUCUCACAGAAGGUGGUUGAGGUGAUAAACCCUGAUGACGAUUACGUUUGGAUUCACGAUUAUCAUCUAAUGGUGGUUCCGACGUUCUUGAGAAGACAUUUUAACCGGUUGCGAAUGGGGUUCUUUUUACAUAGUCCGUUUCCGUCUUCGGAAAUCUACCGGACUUUACCCGUUAGAGAAGAGAUCUUGAAGGCACUAUUAAAUGUCGAUCUUUUAGGGUUUCAUACGUUCGACUAUGCGCGUCAUUUUCUUUCUUGUUGUAGUAGAAUGCUCGGUUUGGAGUACCAGUCGAAACGGGGGUACAUUGGGUUGGAAUACUACGGUAGAACGAUCGGAAUCAAGAUUAUGCCAAGCGGGAUCCACGUGGGUCAAAUGGAAUCUGUUUUAAAGCAAUCAGAUAAACAAUCUCGUGUUCAUGAGCUCGAACAAGAAUUCCAAGGGAAAACGGUGCUACUCGGUGUUGAUGAUUUGGAUACAUUUAAAGGUGUAAAUCUCAAGGUUUUAGCAAUGGAACACCUGCUUAAAUCGCAUCGCGGUUGGAUCGGACGUGCGGUUUUAGUCCAAAUCUUGAAUCCCGCACGCGGGAAAGGUCGGGACGUGGAGGAGAUCGAGGAGGAGAUCAGAACAAGCGUAUUACGAAUUAAUCAAGAAUUGGGAAAUCCGAACUACACGCCUAUAGUUCUUAUCGAUAGACCGCUUACGUUAGCCGAGAAGGCUGCAUACUACACCAUUUCCGAAGCUGCUAUCGUUACAGCCGUAAGAGACGGUAUGAAUUUAACUCCGUACGAAUACGUUGUAUGCAGACAAGGUAUUUCCGGGUCCGAUUCAUCAAACUCACCUCAAAAAAGCAUGUUAGUGGUCUCCGAAUUCGUGGGUUGUUCACCGUCUUUAAGCGGUGCAAUACGGGUCAACCCAUGGAACGUGGAGUCAACAGCCGAAGCCAUGUACGAAGCCAUAUCCUUUUCAGAUUUCGAAAAACAAAUGCGUCAUGAAAAGCAUUAUAAAUACGUCAGCACGCAUGACGUCGGUUACUGGUCACGUAGCUUUUUUCAAGAUUUGGAACGGACUUGCGUUGACCAUUUUAGAAGACGUUGUUGGGGCAUCGGAUUAGGCUUCGGGUUCCGAGUCGUAGCGCUUGACCCGAUGUUCAGAAAGUUGAACACGGAUGCGAUUAUGAAUGCUUAUGUUCGUGCUAAAAACCGAGCCAUCUUGUUGGACUAUGAUGGGACCAUCAUGCCCCAAUCAUCGAUCAACAAACGUCCGAGUCAAGAGGUUAUUUCGAUUAUUAAUCAAUUAUGUAACGAUCCGAAGAAUACGGUGUUUGUGGUAAGUGGACGCGGUAAAGAAGAUCUCGCCAAAUGGUUUUCGCCUUGUGAGAAACUCGGCAUUGCGGCGGAACAUGGUUACUUUAUGAGGUGGCAGGCUGAUAAAGAAUGGGAAACACACGCCCAAAACGCAAGUUUUGGAUGGAUGCAAAUGGCCGAGCCUGUAAUGAAACUAUACACUGAAGCAACCGACGGUUCAUCCAUCGAACGUAAAGAAAGCGCACUCGUUUGGCACUUUCAAGACGCCGAUCAAAGCUUCGGUUCCGCUCAGGCUAAGGAAAUGUUAGACCAUCUAGAAAGCGUGCUUGCAAACGAACCAGUCGUAGUCAAAAGCGGUCAACACAUCGUCGAAGUCAAACCACAGGGCGUGACGAAAGGUUCAGUCGCGGAGAAGAUAUUCGCGUCGAUGUUCCAAAACGAAAGACGGGCCGACUUUGUACUAUGUGUUGGAGACGAUAGAAGUGACGAAGAUAUGUUUGUGAUGAUCGGGGACUCAAUAAAGGCGGGUGUAAUCUUGAAUAAGAAUAAUAGCUCGGUUUUCGCGUGUACGGUUGGGCAGAAACCGAGCAGAGCAGAGUAUUAUUUGGAUGAUACGGUAGAAGUUAUAAACAUGCUUGAAAAUCUUGGAGAAAUAUCAGAAGAUUCAGCAAAUUCAGAUUCUGGGAGCUCUUCUUGAGCUUAUUGGUGGUUAUUUGUCUGCUUUGUUUGACUUUUGUUGUGGUCAAACUUGACGGCAGAGUUUGUACAUUCUGAUCCAGAAAGCAAGGGUAAAGAAGGUUUUUUUUUUCUUUUUUUUUUUUAACUUUUUGAAAAUAGGUUUACUACAUGGGAGUUUGUUUUGUUAUUUGUUUAUUGGAAGAUUGGAAAAUGGGUUAAUUGUUGGUAGGUACAUUGUGGAUGAUGAUGAUGAUGAUGAUGAUGAACUCUUGUUACCUUGAUGUAAAUCUUGAUAGAGUUUACCGAUCUUCCCUUCAUUUUUUC